AUGAAGACUCCUCCUAAUUCUGAGGAUGAGCUGCAAUCUGAUGAGGACUCAAAUGAAUUCCCAAUCUUUAGAAAUGGGGCAAGAUUCGGUGAGCUACAACUCCAAGUGGGAAUGAAAUUCAACACCAAGUAUGAGUUUAGAGAUGUUGUAAGAGAGUAUACUAUCCAAGAGGGGAGGAGAAUUAAGUUCAAGAAAAAUGAAAAUCUUAGAUGCAAGGCUGUGUGCAAGGUGAAAGAGUGUGCCUGGGAUGUGUAUGCCUUAAGGGACUGUGAUGACUCAUGUUGGCAAAUCAAAACUUUUAACGACAAUCAUACUUGUGCGAGGGAGAACACCAACAGGGCUGCUAAUAGGGUUUGGGUUGCUAGUAAAUUAGUGAAAAAGGUAAGAAAAUACCCUAAUUUCAAGCAAUGCGAGGCUGUUGUCUACUUCAGGACAAAGUGUGACCUUAUGCUGAAUAGAAAUUCCAUUGCAAGGGCACUGGCAGAUGCAAGGAAUGUAGUACACGGGGAUGAGAAGGCACAGUAUGCGAAACUAAGGGACUAUGCUGAAACUUUACUAAAGACGAAUCCUGGAUCUAUGGUGCAGAUCUGUGUCGAACCUCAACCAGUUGGAGAGGUCAUAUUUGAUAAGAUGUACGUCUAUUUACAUGGUUGCAAGAUGGGAUUCAAGGCAGGUUGUCGCUUCUUGAUUGGGCUUGAUAGGGCAUUUCUGAAGACACAAUUUGGAGGUCAUAUCUUGGCUUCUGUGGCACAAGAUGCCAAUCAUCACAUUUACAUGAUUGCCUGGGCUAUAGUUUAA